AUGCAAGCUGUCAGGGAAGCCGAGCGCUUGAUCGAGAGUGGGCUCAAGGUUGGGAUAGAGAAGAAGGUCAUGGAUACUUUCCCGGAAUUGUUCCGAAGUGCCAAGGGCAACCUCAAGACGGGCAUGCUUGGCAGGUGGAUUUCCCAAAGUAAGGCUCAGGAAUGGCACAAGAUACCCUUUGAGAAGAUGUCAGCUGCUGAUCGAGAUGCAAUAAAGGAGUUGCCAGAUUGGAUCCGGGAACCACUUGGUAUGCAAAAGCGUAUGCGAUUCAAGGGUUCCAGCGAUGUUCCUGCUGUUGUGAAAGAACGCCUUCUGAACAUGGUGGAGAAAGUUGGUUGUGGGGGGAAGAAAUCCAAACCUACUGCAGGCGUCGUGGUGACAUCCAAGAUCAAGGCAGAAGCAGAUUCAAUGUUGGAGACCUACUGCAAGCACCUGGACAAAGUGGCGGCUGACGAAGGGAAAGACGCUCCACCUUGCAAACGGAAGGUGUCUACAAGGUGGGUCAACAGAUUGUUGUUGUCAGCUGGCUACAAGAAGCGUGUUCCCAAUACAGCAGGGGCAUACUUACCCUAUGAUGACUCACGGAUGAUCAAGUCACGGAAGGCAUGGCAUUUCCGCAGGAUGGAGAGAAACGUGAGGCUUGACAUGUGCCUCAAUUUCGACCAAGUGUGGAAAGCAGCAUGGAGCCGUCCUUUCCAAGUCUGGUGCAAGGGGAAUGAAUUGGAUUUGCAUGGGAAAAGGCAUGCAGUCCAGCAGCAACUGGAAGGGCUUCAAGCAGGAAACAGGGAGUGGGAGACAAGAAGCAGAAGAGUGAAAGGCAAGGACGCUCGCGCAGAUUGCGUGGAUGGCAGCCGACAUUCCAUCACGAUUGUCACAUCAGUGUGGGGGAAUGGCGAAGCUGGCCCGCUCUGCAUAGUCCUACCAUUAGGCUUUAUUUCCGCUGAGGAGCAGCUUGCCUUACAAGAGCAGUUCCAGCCGGCUGUCCACUUCAUUUCUUCUGGGCGAGGCACACACUUCAUGAACUCAGACUCCGUCGUGGACUACUUGGAGAAUGUGGUUGGGCCUUCUUUUGAGAGGCGAAGGGCCACUUUAGCUGAGCGCUACAACCAGUCAUUUGAAGAAGAGUAUGGCGCUUUGCUAGCGGACAGUUUCACAGGUCACCACACAGAAACUGAAGGUUAUGACAUCCAACGACAGGCUUUCAGCAAGCAGUUCCGAAUCCUGCUUCCGGAGAAGCAGCCAGGGGGAUGGUCAGCAGCAGGGCAGCCAUGCGAUGCAUUUCAUGCUCCUGAGAGCUGGGAGCUUGACGAGGAUCAGUGGUAUUGUUUGCCACUUCUUUGGCAGCAGGCCUUGCAGAAGGGUGAAGGCUCCGUCUCUGCGAUUUUGAUAAGCAAAACCACAGGAAAAGAAGCCAAUAAGGAGACCUACGGUAAGUGUGUGAAGCGCGCGAAAGGAGACCUCAUAGUGAAUGUGACGAAGGGUUACCGUGCCUUCAAAUUUGACAUCAAGGAGAUGAUGCUGGAAGAGUUGCUCGCAGACAGCCAGGUGGACUCCAAACAGCUCAGGGUGGUAUCUAUCACAGGCAGAUCACGAGACAUUGAAGAAGUGCGGGUUCAUUUGAAUGCAUUGUCACUUCAAACAGCUCGGGUCUUGCCUCGAGCCAAUUUGCCAAGCGCAUGCAAAGAGGAUUCAAACGCUCAAAUGGGGCACAACGCCCAAGCAGAUGAUCCGUGUGAUGAUCCUGAACUAUUGGAAGAGCUUUCUGCACUUGCCCUCGUGGAAUGUGCAGAUUGUGGUGCAGAGGAUGCAGCUGCAGCAGGGGCUGAGAUUGCGGCAGGACCAGAUGGGGAUAUGCUGGAUACUGAGGAGCUCGAGCCAGAGGCCAGCGAUCCAGAAUACCUUGAAGACUCUGGCAUUGAGUGGAAAUUGGAGAACGCUGACAAAUUGCUGAUUAUUGGGGAGGAAUCGAGCAACCAACAUGGCAAAAUGCCUGAGGAUGCCAAGCCUUCCCCUUCUUCAUCUUCUGGAAAGUCAUGUAGCUUUCAAGAUGUGCCAGCAUAUGCUUUCCUGGAUCAGGUCAACCUCACCCAGCUUCCAGAUGUUGUCGGAUUCGGGAUUGGAUACCAUUCCACGACCAAUUGUUGGCAAGUGCGUUACCCGGCUGUUGGCCAGGCAUCCGUGGCCCGGUCAUUUGGAGUUUUGAAGACACGAGGGUAUGUCUCACCUUGUCAAGCUUUGUUGGAGUGCUUGCUAUUUGUGUGGAAAAAGCACUCUCAAAAGAAUCCAGGGUGCCACACUGCACUGGAACGUGUAAAGACUUUGCAGGGAGCACUCAAUGUGAAGUUGGGUUUCCACAUCAAAUGA